GAAAAGGCAAUAGCGAGAAUUCUUUCAAGACCUUUCACCAUACCUUUAUCCGGCUACUGUUUGUCUGGACGAGUUUUGGGUAUGGCUCGUUCGAGGAUGAAAGUCGCUAUGUUCGAUCCUUAUGCCGAAAACGCAGUGGUUCUCUAUACACCACCUCCUCUUUCAGCUCACGAUCACUUGAGCAUUAAGGAAGAAGAUAAAAAGGUACACGUUGUAGUUGACCCGGUUGUCGGUAACAUAUUGCGACCUCACCAACGAGAAGGCGUUCAAUUUAUGUAUAACUGUGUAACCGGACGGAACAUUGAAGGGUUUGAAAUUUUCUUGAACGACUGUAUUAUGGUUGCAUUAUGGCUGAUGAGAUGGGCAAGCCGACGCUUUCUAAGGUUGUUAUCGUGUGUUACGUUUAUCUUUCUUUCUCUUGAGUAUUAUUAUGGGAAUAGUAACUGGGACAAGGAGAUUAAGAAAUGGCUUGGUCACCGCAUAUCUGCAUUGCCAAUGGAUUCCGGUACUAAGUGUCACCGUCGUAAUUUUUAUUUAGCUUCCUAUAUGACGGACGGGAGAAUGCGAGCUGCCACCCCGGUGUUGAUUAUUUCCUACGAAACGUUCCGUCUUUAUGCGAAGAUUCUCCACUCGAGUGAGAUAGGAAUGGUAAUUUGCGAUGAGGGACAUCGAUUAAAGAACAACGAUAACUUAACAUAUCAAGCAUUGAAUGGACUGCAAUGUUGUCGACGUGUGCUUAUUUCUGGGACGCCAAUACAAAAUGAUUUGCUAGAAUACUACAGCCUAGUGAAUUUUGUAAACCCAGGACUGUUUGGCUCAGCCAGCGAGUUUCGGAAACGCUUCGAAAAUCCCAUUUUGCGUGGCCGAGACGGGAAUGCAACUGAAGACGAGCAAAAGAAAGGAGAGGAAACAACAAGAGAGAUGGUAGCGCUCGUAGAGCGAUGUAUCAUUCGAAGAACCAGUACGCUGCUGACAAAUUACUUACCGGUUAAAUAUGAGCACAUCAUUUGCUGUCGCAACACGGAUGUUCAAAAUUUAAUAUACAAUAAGAUAAUUGAAAUUGAAGGAAUAAGUAGAGCAACGGAAAAGGAAAAGGAAAACGGCGCUACGGCAUCUGCGUUAUCAUUCAUUACUAGGUUGAAGAAACUAUGCAAUCAUCCUUAUCUUAUUUAUGACGAGUUGCAGAAAGCCGGAAUCGGUUGCCUUGACCGAAUUCCUGACGUAUUCUCCAAGAAGUUCGAUCCCUCGAUAUCUGGGAAAAUGAAGGUUUUAGACUAUAUUCUGGCGGUGACUCGAAAAACGUGCAGUGAUAAGUUCGUGCUUGUCUCGAACUAUACUCAAACCAUAGAUCAGUUUGUCGAACUUUGCAAACUUCGAGGAUAUGGUUACGUCCGCCUUGACGGCUCCAUGUCAAUCAAGCAACGAUCAAAGAUCGUGGAAAAGUUCAACGAUCCGGAGAGCAAUGAAUUCUGUUUUUUGUUGUCUUCUAAGGCUGGUGGAUGUGGCCUCAACUUAAUAGGAGCAAACCGCUUGGUUAUGUUCGAUCCCGAUUGGAAUCCAGCAAAUGACGAUCAAGCAAUGGCUCGUGUAUGGCGUGACGGACAGAAGAAGAAUUGCUUUAUAUAUAGACUAUUAGCAACUGGUUCGAUUGAGGAGAAGAUGUUUCAACGGCAAACUCACAAAAAAGCACUGUCAUCGUGCGUCGUUGAUGCUGGACAGGAUGUCGCUCGACACUUCAGCUCGGAUCAGUUGAAAGAGCUGUUCAAGCUCGAGACGGAAACCGCAUCAGAUACUCAUAUAAAAUUAAAAUGCAAGCGUUGCAUAAAUGGCAUAGAAAGCACUGAUCCUCCAGAAACAGCUGAUUGCACAUCUGAUCUAGCACUGUGGUACCAUUCGCAAAAAGAUGCGCGCAAGAUUGCCGAUCCUAUUUUGCGAUCAGUGUUCAACUGCGGUGCAAUUUCAUUUGUGUUCCAUCAAAAAUCUCACAAAGUGAAGGUGUCAAGGAGAAGUGAUGAUGCAGAUGACGAUGAAUAUGAGCCUUCUGAAGGAGAGGAUUGA